GCCAUGACCCGAGCGAUCAUCCUAAACCUUGUUCAGAAGGCAGGCGGACUCGUACCAAACGCCCAGGAAACUUCGGGAACAAGCACGGCUUGGCAGGUCCUUUUCUCGCAGGGAUACAGGAGGAACGCGGUGACAGUGCUGCCACUGCAGAGCGGCCCGCCCACCCCCGCUCCUGCUUCCCUCACCUUCCUCCCAAAAACUGAGUCUCAGUCCGAGCAGGCAGUGCCUCGGACUCGAGGCAUAGACAUGCUUUACUCAGACUCAUCGAGACAGCAUAAACAAACUCCGGAGCAGGAGCGAGCGCUGCCGAGCAUCGCCGUCCCGGGAAUACGCCUCGGCUGCCCGGGCAACCGAGCGGUGCCAGGCGGAAACGCUCAAAGUUGUUCUGGCGUUUCAGACCCGCGGUACCAGCGGGGCAGCCGUGCUGCGCAACGAACUGCGGCGGGCGGUGCGUGUGCGCGAGAUCAGAGCACGGGGAGAACUCGGAGUGGUGCUCGGAGUGGGUGGAGUGCAGUCCAGAGACGGCGUCCCUCGUCCCCCGAGGAUUCUGCUCUGCAUCUCUCCGGCUGCGGAACCCUCGUGCUGUGGUGCCGAGCAGUCAAGCCCAGCCCGUGAAGAUGCUGAAAAUGAGUUUGUAACCCGGGGGUUGUUCUGGAGGGAAUUGCAACAGCAUUGUGUCAGGAAAGAGGAUGCGGGGGCGUGUCAAAGCGUGUAUUUUACAGUCCAUAAAAAGUAGAAGGAAGGCUUAUUAGUGUUAAAUUGUUACUAAAUGAACAGACCAAAGGCUGAACGUUAACACGAAGGGAAAGUUUCGCACUGCUGAGAAGCAGAAAUUCAUUACUCCUGGACCCUCAUUGUUACAUUUACAAAGCUCAUCAUGGGCCGCAGGGCUGGUACGUGAUAAUCCAAUGCUUUGAGAAUUAGUAAGGUAUUUAAAUUGUGAUAUAGCCCACUGAUGGAUGAACUGUAUUAUUAGCUAUUUCAUUGACUGACUGACUAUACUUACAAGAACUGUUUGCCUUAUUCCAGGAUAUGAGGUGCCUAAAGGAUAGAAUAAGCUCCCAAGAUAAUAGAAUAACAAAACUGAAACACAUUAGUGGAAGAUACCAACUACUAAAGUAAAAUGACUCAAAAGUGUUUUAAUGGCAUAAGUUUCUACACAAAAGGCAGCAUUGACAGAACAAGGAGUAAUAGUUAAAAUAACAAACAAUUUAUAAUGACCUUUUUUUAGGAGCUCAUGAUUUUUUUAAAAAAAACCUCAUGGUUUUGACAGAAAUUGUACAGGCUGGCCUGAUUGAAAGCAGUGCUGUUGUUGGUACUAUAGUAGAUUUGGAGAUGGCUGUUUGACUUAGUUUGGUGGACAAGAAAACAAUCUUUUCUUCUAGAUAAAAAAAUCCCAUAACCUUUUUUGUUUUUGAAACAUCAGGAGGCCAAAAGUCUCACACUUGGCAAUGGUAGAGUCUGAUGAGGCAUAUCCCUCAUGUGAAAGCCAAAUUGUACUUUGUUUCAGAACUAAGGGGACAAAGCCUUGCAUGUUUGAGGGCAAUUGCACCAAAAUAUCAAGAUACCAUAUUUGUGCCAUCAUGCUGCCAUCCAGCCUCAGCUUUUCCACAGCUUUGAGUUACAGCUGAAGCACCUCAGGAGUCCUGGCAGUGAAAACGAGCACCUGAUAGCCAACAGCUGUGUCAGCCUCCUCUAGCUCUUGGGGCAGUGAGCCUGGGACUGGAGCAAACCGUGUUGUAUCAAAUCAAAGUUAAUGCUGUCAUCUUACAAAUCUGAGCCAAGGUGUCUGUAUUGUUUAGGGUCCAUGCUCUCGGUUCACUUGGCUGACAGCAAGAGCCCUGUGUUACUGAGAAACUUUUCUGGAAGAAUUGGGUAUUUGGUAUAAUCCCAGCUGCUUUGAGUGUGCUGGUGUAUAAUGCACUGUAAAUGUUUCCAGCAACAUAAAAACAUUUUGAAAUUAAGAUCAAUUUUAUUGUAUUGCAGGCUGCUAUUGCACAGUCUGUUCUCUUCAGCUGAUCACUAAUGCUACUCUUUGACCUGCAAUUCAAGAGCACAGUUUCCAUGUCCUGUCUUUCUCAGUAUUUAAACUCAGCUCAUUUUUGUGUUCCUUUAGUGUCAAUAUCUGCUCUAUUUCCAGUCCUGUGUGCUUAGUCUCAUCAACUAUUGAGCUAAUACAUUGUUUGUAACAGAAAAUCAAGGUAUUUUCCUUUUGCACCAGUAAAACUAAUAAAGAUGUAAACUCUUUUCUCACACUGCAAUCUCUAGCAUAACAGCAUGACAAAGUCAGCUCUGUUUAUGAAGUGUUCACCACCUUCAGCUGAAACCUUUUCCCUCCAGUUCUAUUGUAUGUGUUCUGGCAGUGUGGGGUGAUCCCUAGUGGAGGACUAAGCCAUUCUAAAGUUGACAGCAUCACAUGCAGAAAUGUUCAUUUGCACAUCACCUAAAAUACGACUUCAAGACAAACCACCAUUGUAUAAUAUCUGCCCACAUGCUUAAUGUUGUAUAAUUAUUUCCAGUACACUGAGUAUCAUGUAUAAUUACUUCAAAUACACUUAAGAGGAAAAAAAGCUUCUCUGAACAUACAGGCAGUACUUUGGAUGAUGUUACUGGUUUACUCUGUACCCAUAUCCCCAGCCCCAAGGCUAACUACCUUUUCUGAAUGGUUCAAAGGAAAUAGUUGAGGGGAAAGGCUGGUGUACCUGUAAUUUGGUAGGUUGAUUGGAGGAGAAUAUGUGACUUGCAACUUGCACAGCAAGGAGCUGUUUGACACGUUCCUGUCAUUCUCCACAGAGGAUAAGUCACUUUUUGUUUUGUAUAGCUGCAAAGCUAUUCAAAUCAGCUGCCACUAAAUCUAAAUAGAGUAGCUUGGCUCUUUGAGAAUAUACCCACUGGGAGAGAUGAAAGAUAUGUAGACUCAUAGGUGAGGCCACUCCUACAGAAUCCUUUCUUUUGCUGGCUGUCAUUAAAAGCAAUAAGUAACGAGGAGACGUCUUGUGAUGAGGCUGUUAUUAGAAGGAAGAAAGAAAGAUUUGUUUUACUUCAUGAAUCAUCUGCAAAAAAAUUUUAAAGCAGCUUUGUUCAAGGUAAUUUUUGAGCUGGCAUUGCUGUAUUUGGGUUAUUCUCUGAGUGAAAUGAAAAGACUUCAAAUGAAACAGUCAUAUUCCAAAGUUUUUAAAUUGUAUGUUUGGUAGAAAUUUUAUUUUUUUUUUUACCAAAUAUUUUUAUGCUUCCAGGUCUAUAAUUUAUGAUAGGCACUUGUGUCCAGUAUAAUUGACUCAGGUGAGCAGCAGAUGCAGUAUCUGCUUCCUUUUGAGUGAGGAGGCCUCCAGACAUUUCCUGAGGCACUGGAGAGACCUGUGCUCAGUCAGUUAUUUCUUGAUGCAGAAAGUCUUGCUGACUAGCAACUUGGAUUAAAUGAUCUCUCUGGGGAGUGAAGGAAGUCAGGACACUGAAAAUAUUCAAGUGAAGGAUCUUCUGAUGUGUCUUCCAGUUAAAGUCUUGCUGCUAUGCAUUGAGGAAUAUGACUAAUGGGGACUUAUUCUGGUGUAACUAAUAAUACUUUUUCCUCUCCAAGCCAACUUCUCAAUUAGUGUAUGAGAGACACGGGUGUGGCUUGUCAGUACUGCUUUAAAAUUUCUUUUUCUUGCUGUUGCCUGAUGUAGAAAUGACUGUAGUAGCAUGAGUCUAAGUGGUUAUUUCUAGGAAUUAUUUUGUGAAUUGUUAUUUAUAAUCGUUGGUUUUGAGGGUUGGAGGUUUUUUCUUCAGUAAGGAUGAAUUGUGCAUUUCAUUCUAUAAAGUUUCAUGCAUUUAUGUAAAAAGUGAAUAUAAUCAUGUUGUUUCACCACUUUGGUCUUUAUUAGCAUGUUCCUUUUGCAAGGAACUUGAACUUCUCAUUUCUGAGUAGCCCACAUAUUUUUUGCUGUGUCUGUGGACAGGACACAAUUAUGGUGCCUUGUCUGACUUGGGCAUACCUAAUGGUGCCCUGAAUGCUGCUGGCAGUAAUAGCAGUUGUAGUGUGUGAAUUACCCUGCACAGUGCUGAGCUGCUCCCUCUCAGAGUGCUCUGGCAUGGUGACUGAUGCCCAUUGCAUCCUCUUCACCUUUUUGUCCUGCCACCACCAGUUCCCUUGGAAGUGCACUCUCCUGCCAAUUCAGCUGUCACUGUGUCCAAACCUGUCCUAAAGAGGCUCUUUGAUGACAUGCACAACAUAGAAAGAAUUUCAAAGAAAGCAAGAACUUCCAAAUUGCUUUCCAGUUUAUUUUCUUUCCAGCAUCUUUUAAGAUGAAGACCCUUUAUUAUAGGAUUAUCUUUAUAGUCUUUUUCAUAGGCUGACCUGUGGGUUUUUUUUUUCCUUAGUAGAUACCUGUGUAAAAUAAAAGAAGGCCAGGUGCUUGAUAGCAAAGCUGAUGGCUUCCUCCUCAUCCUCUCUGCAUGUUGAGUUGUUCAUUCACUGUGAGUAUCACAAGCAGUGAAAUUCUUCUUUAGACAUCAGAAAAACAGUGGCUGAGUGCAAAGUCCUUCCAAAAACUCUGUUGAUAUUUAAGCUUUACAAAAGCCUGAAUUGUGAGUGUUCAUCUUAACAAAGCAACUGAGAGCUCCUUGGUUACUUGAGUUCCCACCACAGGCAGGAGUGUAGGUGUGUGCACUUUUUUUGCACACAUGUAUCCUCUUGAAGGACAACACGCCUAAAAGUCCUAAUUCCAUCAUCAACAUCUCCUGAAAAGAAUGCACAAACCCACAAAUAUUAGUUAAAUGUGGAUUGGAGCAUUCAAAGGUUAGUAAGUUAGUUGAAAAGCAGAAUAAAUAAAUAAUAUUUUUCUCUUUAGCAACUGUCUCAUCUUUCCUGCCACACUCAAACGGUAGAAUAUUUUUUAUGUAAAGUUUAGCAGCUAAGAAUAAAGUCCUGAUCCUUAGUGAAAAAAAUAGUAGAAUUCCUAAGUAAGAUGCAUUAGUAGCAGUUUUUAUAUUUUUUUAAAUAUCAGUUUUCAGUCUCCAGUUUUUUUACAGGCUGGGAAAUAAAAGCAGAGCCAGUGAGCUGCACUGCCAGGUAAGAGUUGGAAACCAAACCAUGCUUCCCAUUACCAAAUUCCCCAAGGUUCCAUUGUUCUAGUAUUUGAGGGUUAUAGAAAAUAACUGCCUGGUUUCUCUCUAUGCCUGUAAAUGAUUAUAGGCCUCACAUUUCUAACCUCUCCUAAUUCUGCCAGUAACAGCAGUACAGCCUCCAUGUGGUUACCCAGUUGUUCACAUCUGUAACUUCUUUAAUCUUUGUCCAAAUUCCAAUUUCUGCCAAAGAAUGCAUCAGGCAGCAAGAUAAGACUCGGGAAAUGUAACCCUUGCCCCAAAUAACCUGUCAUGAACUGUAAUGUUUUAUCACAAGAACUGUACUUUGCACAGUUGUGUAAAAGAGCAAUCAUCUGCUUGCCAAACCUGCAGCUCUCCCACGCUCUGUGGUGCUGACACCAGGAUUCCCAGGUUUUGCCUGUGGGAUUCCUGCUGCCUGCUGGUUCUUUCCAAAGCCAUGGCUCUUGGGUAGCAGCACCAAGGCAGCACUGUUGGGUUUGUGCCCUGCACAGAUCCAUGCUUGGGACAAGGCAGAGGAGGCUGCAAGGUUCCCUCAGUGCAGGCUGUGGGGGCAUACAGCAGCAGAGCAAGAAGGAAGAACAGCAGAUACAGCCAAAAAAUUCUGUGCUUAAAAUAAUUCACUCUAAUGCUGGUUAUAACCUCCCUUUUAGUGUAUGCACAUGUGCAGGUUUUAGUCAUGUGGAUCACCCCCUGAGAAACCUUUGUUCUUCUCAAAUUUCUCAUGACUCCAGUGUGCUUUAAUCUUCUUUUUCAUCAGAGCUGUGUAAUUCUGUGGCACUCCACCAAGGAAAAGUCUUUAACUAUGUCAUGAAAGAGUUGUUCAAAAUCCCAAGUAGAAACCUGUGUAUUACUACAUGUAACAGAAGAUUGAAUUUAUUAAUAAGCCUAAACAUGUUCCAGGCAUCUUGAGUGAAAAAUGCUGUUAGCUAGCUCAGCAAAUAUUAGUGGGGCUGAACUGCCAAUUUGCAAAUAGAACUGGCUAUAUCAAGAAAGAUAACAUUGGCCUUCCAUUUAAUAGUUCGGGUAUUUGAAUAAUUUUACAUUCCAUUUUUAUCUUUCUUUGGCAGCUUGUAUUUCUGGAGAGAGCUUCAGGUACUGAGAAAUGGGUGGAAUAUAAGCUGAAUAGGUCUGCAUUUUCCCAGUGAGAAACUGAGUUAUGUGAGGGAACAGCUCCUGGCUGCUGUCUCCCUGCUGCUUCCACAUGGUGCAUAAACAGCACUGUUGGAAGUAGCUAUAUAUCAUGGGCUGCAGGGUCUUUGGUGGUCUCACCACACUUGUUUCUCAGCCUUUGUUGCUGAAAGAUUCAGUCCUAAAUGACCCAGGAGGUUGUUGAUAGAUAAGGGAUAGAUUCUCAGAGACAAAGAUGCUACAACUAAACAGGCAUGUGCAGCUCUCAAGGGAUAGCUAAGUGCUUUGGAAACACCUCAGUAGAUACUACUGGACAUUUUAGGCCUCUAAACAUACUUAAAAGGUAGCUUUCUCUUGGAGUGCUUUUUGUUCACCUUAUCACAUUAUUGCUCAAUCCUUUGAGCCAGGCUAUAUAAUUACUGUCAGGCUGCAGAUGGCUAUUAGGAGAAGCCUGCAGGACACAUAACAAAGAAUUAAAGUGUCUGCAGCAAAGCUCCACAGGUAAAGUUACACGUUUGGACUUGAGAUUUUCUGACAGCUCAUUUCCACUUAAGAGGUUCUGUGCCCUUCUCCCUGUCCUCCUUUUGCCUUGGCCUACGUCCCCUUACAUGCACUGGCUUGUGUUUUCUGACCCUGCACCAAGCCAAUUCUAAUUACUGGAAUUGAGAAGAAUAUUAAACUGGAAAAAAGGUGAAUCAUUUGUGAUAGCAUAUGGAGUUGACUCAAAGCAUGAAUGUACUGAUGAGCACAGAGAUAAUGCAAAGGAUGUGACUGGAUCUGGGUCUAGGCAAGGGAAGUGGAGAAAAAUGAAGCAAGAGCUUUACAGCAAUGGAAAUGUGGUUAAUGUUCUUUGUGGUGAAGUGCCACUACUCCUGAAUAACAGAUGGCCAAAUUCUGUUAAUGCACAGUCCAGCAUCAUCCUGCAUAUAUAUGUUAUCCUUGUUCUUAUGGUUUUGCUUUUCACAGCGUGGAUCUCAGUGGAUAAAGCUGGGACUGCAGUGUGGCAGAUCAAUGAGACACACCAGCAACAAGGUUUUGCUCUGAGAGAGGGUGGUCAAUAGUAGUGGCACAUUUUAAGCUUGCCCCUCAGCUCUCUCCAGGUGAUGAUGUCUCUUGCCAGCUCCAUGGGCUGAAGGUAGGCUUUCUUUCUCCUUUUUUUUUUCCCCUCAUUUUUUAGCUGUUUUUCCCCCUAUCAUAAAUUCUAGAAACAGAUCAGCUUUCCAUCUUCCUCUCAAAAAUCUGUAGAAAAGCAAGACAGUAAAUAAGUAAAUGGCAAUGAAACAUACUGGCCAUGAAAGAUUUGGCAUAAUUCAGUUGGAGGAAAAGGAGGAAAGUUAAUGGUUGGCAGCAAUUAGUAAUCUCUCCAGCAUUUCAAACUUUUUUCCAGAUUAACUGAAGACAUUUUCUGGUUUUGUUGAAGUGAAAGACAAUAUUUCCAUUGGCAACAGUUGGGGCGGUUUUAAUCCUUUAAGUUUUGAACCAUCCUGUUUUUCAAUCUAAAAUAAUAAAGUACAAUAUUCUUUUCAAA